GACAGGGACGUUGGCAAGUGGCGACUACUGCUGACUGCGGCGAAGUCGAGGGGAGCAACCACGCGAACGUUGCAACCAAUCCGCACACUUGGCGUUUCUCGGUCGUCGAAUGCGGAUGCUGUGAUCGCUGCCACUACUUGCCAUUAUUGCCGCGAUUGUGUGCGAUUUCUAAAUACACAUCGAGUCAUCCAUAAAGUCGACGACCGCCUCCCCAACACUAGCCAUGUCGGUGAUCUAUAAGAACUCGAUGAAUGUCAUCGGCAAGUUCGUGCCCGAGAAGCUGCAGCCUCUAUGGAAACAUCCAGCUGGUCCACAAACCAUUUUCUUCUGGGCACCGGCCUUCAAAUGGGGUCUCGUAAUCGCCGGUCUCGGUGACUUGCAGAGGCCAGCGAACAAAAUCUCCGUCAGCCAAUCUUGUGCCUUGGGCAUCACGGGGUUAAUCUGGACCAGAUACUCUUUAGUCAUCACCCCGAGGAACUGGAAUCUCUUUAGCGUAAACCUCUUCGUCGCGUUUACGGCUAUAUAUCAAAUAACGAGAGCCCUGAGGUAUCAGCGCCAGCAAGUAGCUUUGGAGGCAGCGAAGAUGAUUCCCUCAGAUUCAGCUCACUGACGAUAACUACAAGUAUAGAUGUACAUUCCUAGGAAUCAAAAAAAGGAAUACUUAAUUCUUCGCUACUUCGCGUUUCGUGAAACGUUUAUGUUACCAUUUAGCACAUCGGGACGAGUAGUAGUGAUGUUUAACGUAUUUGACCAAUAUGUUCAUCUUAAUGACGAACAAAAAACUGAAAAGAUAGAUCGGUGAUACAUAUAAUAUAUACAACUCGAAAUAUUUAAAAAUUACGAAGUUGUACAAUUACGUUUGAUCGAGCUCGUAGCACAAAUUCUUUAAUGAAACAAAUUGAUAUCGUCUUGAAUAACUCCAACGAACAUUCAAGGAUGCGAUCAGUCUCACUACAAAUGUUUUGAAUCAUUAAUUUAAUUGAUCAAUCAGAAGAAAGAAUUUUACUAAUUAAAGAAUUUAGAUUAAUUAAAGAAUACUUCAAAGCAUUGUAGCAUCGCGUUGAUCGUGUCUCAAAUUAAUUAAUAUCUGACUUUUCAAAUGUCUUUGCGAUAUCUAUUAGACGUUCAGUCGAAAAGAACAUAGCGAAUUUUACGUAAGGUCGAUUGACUUUUUUGGUGCCAAACUGUGAUAUAUAUAUGACGUACGAUAUGACAUUCAUUUUAGAUGCUGUACGACAAAUAUUGUACACUAGAUAGAUAAAAAGUACAACUACACAGGGCACAGAAGGAAUGGAGUUGAGAAUGAUCAGGUGUAACGGAUGGAUUUGACGCAUCGUAUGAAAUAUAUGGCAUGUUAUCAAUCCAUCGAUAACACCUGAUUGUACCUAUGUGUUUGAUCGUUGUGCACCACGUGCAUUCUACCUCGAGCCAUAACGAUGCUCACGAUGCGCUUCUGUAUAACAUAUCGACGUUACGUAAUAUAAAGUGUUAUAAAUAGUAAUAAUGUAAUCUUCUUACGGACUCUCUCAAAUUCAACAACAAAAAAUUCAAAGAAAUCAGGUCGAAUGAGAUACGCAAUCUUAAAUCUUUAUUCCAGCAAAUAGAAUCUUUAUUCCAAAAAAUAGGACAUAUUUAUUGGAAUAAAGAUUCUAUUUUUAUUACCACGCUCUCAUUCGCCUUGAUUUUUUUUAGAUUUUUUGUUGAUAAAGUGUUAUAUGUGUCAAUAUCGUAACAUUUUAAUGAAUAUUAUUGUAACUGCCUUGCCCCAAUCAAAGUUAAAAUAAAAUUACAAAUAUUUUUAAUGUCACUGCGUUGUGAAAUAAUAAACAAUCAACCGUACUCGAGGAUGACGUAAUUCCUGGAAAAUAAAAAUAUUUGACAUUGACUGUACAAGUGUUGGAUAAUAAUUCUCACGUUAUCGAGUAAUAAAAUGGCGUUUACAUUUGGCCUUUGAAACGGAGAACUCGAUGUCGUGCUUUAAUAAUAAGAAUAAUACGAAUAA